AUGUCUCAGAUCAUCAGAAACAAAGGUCCCUGCAACCUUGAUAAUAUCCCUGAAAAGGCGAUCGGACAAGAAUACCGACCUAAAGAACGAAUUCUUGCCUGCUUUCCUUCUUGGCUGUUGCCAUAUGCCGAACUAGCUCGUAUUCAGCAACCACUAGGCUUUUACCAAAUCACUUGCCCUUUCAUUGUUGGAGUCGCCUAUAUGAUUACAACUUCGGUCUUUCUCAACCGGGUUUUUCUCUUGUCGCUCUGGUCUAUUUUCUUUCGCAGCGCAGGGUGUGCUUGGGAUGAUAUUGUGGACAUGGAUGUGGACCGGCAAAUUGCUCGAACCAAGGUCCGGCCUCUGCCUCGUGGUGCAGUGUCCACAUGGGCUGCCUGCGUGUUCACUGUAGCUGUAUACGCAUCUGGGUCGAUGUUUCUUGUUUUCUUGCCGUGGCGAUGUACAAUAGAUGCGCUCGUCAUGACAUUUUCCGCGCUUCUUUACCCGUUUGGCAAACGCCUCUUCGACUACCCGCAGUUAAUAAUGGGAAAUAUCGGAUGGGCAAUUCCGAUGGCGAUGCACAGCUUGGACAUGGAUCCUCUUGCGUAUCCAGCGGCCACCUCAUGUAUGUUUUUGUACUUUUCGGUCGUCAUCGUGAUGGUCGAUAUCAUUUACGCGAUCCAAGAUGUGGAGGAGGACAUCAAAGUGGGUGUGAAAAGCAUGGCCGUACGCUUUAGGGAAUCUUUGAAUUUUGUGAUCUCUUUGCUCUUCUACGCGUCCUCCAUUUUACUUGCCGGGGCUGGUGUUACAGCUAAGCUUGGAAUCCCGUUUUUUAUUCUUUCGCUCGGCGGCCAUGCAAUAAGAAAGCCUUCUUCAGACGCCGAACAGUAUGCCAGAUUCUCCGGCGUGGUUGGUUCUUCAUUCUUGAUCAUUGGUUUAGUCAUUGAGUAUUGUCUACGCCCUUACUCUAUUAUACAACUUUUAUCAUAA